GUGUGUUGUCCUGCUGCGGUUUGAAGGGGACUCACUCGGACCAAACAACCUUACAGUGUGCAGGGAAGUAAAUUGAGACGUCACUGUUGAAAAUGGAGUAAAUUAUAUGUUAAAAACUUUUAGAGGAUUUGCUCACUUCUUUUUUCCUCUUUUCGGCUGAAACGUUUGAUGGAUUAAUUGAUAUUCACAUCAAUUUGGAUUACUCUUUAACGGUUUAGGGUUUUAUUUUGCACAAUGGAUUUAAGCAUUUCCACACGGACAGCAGUUUUACUCUUUAUUUUCACGUUUUUAAGUCUUCUCCAUGGCUCCAGAGGAGAAAUCCCUCCAAAACCAACCGGUGGUGUAACGAUCCUGCCCCCGGUUAAACCUGAUAAUGGCCCACAGGCCUACCCAGACGCGACAAAAGCAAGUUUACCGGUGUUUACCAUGGAUUACGCCAGGAUACAGAUACCCUUUGAGGUCACUCUCUGGGUGCUGCUGGCUUCCUUUGCAAAGAUUGGUUUCCAUGUGUACCACAAGAUCACCAUCUGGGUGCCAGAGUCAUGUCUUCUCAUCACCAUUGGUCUGAUUGUGGGGGGCAUCAUGCACUCAGUCAAUGAGGAGCCCCCUGCUGUGCUCACCAGCAAUGCCUUCUUCCUCUACAUGCUGCCCCCGAUCGUCCUGGACUCGGGCUACUUCAUGCCCACCAGGCCUUUCUUUGAGAACAUCGGCACGGUGUUGUGGUUUGCAGUGGUGGGGACUCUGUGGAACAGCAUUGGCAUCGGCAUGUCUCUGUUUGCCAUUUGCCAAAUCGAGGCGUUUGGUGUGCAGGACAUUAACCUCCAGGAGAACCUGCUGUUCGCCACCAUCAUCUCGGCCGUCGACCCCGUCGCCGUGCUGAGUGUGUUUGAGGACGUGUCUGUGAACGAGCAGCUCUACAUCGUGGUGUUCGGAGAAUGCCUCUUCAAUGAUGCUGUCACUGUGGUGUUGUACAACAUGUUCAACUUCGUGGCGGAGAUGCCGGUGGUGGAGCCGGUGGAUGUGUUCCUCGGCGUGGCGCGGUUCUUCGUGGUGGGGUUCGGUGGGAUGGGCUUCGGCAUUUUGUUUGGCUUCGUGGCCGCUUUCACCACAAGAUUCACCUCUAAAGUCAAAGAAAUCGAGCCGCUCUUCAUCUUCAUGUACAGCUACCUGGCCUACCUGAUAGCCGAGCUCUUCGCCAUCUCAUCCAUCAUGGCCAUUGUGACCUGUGCUCUCACCAUGAAGUACUACGUGGAGGAAAAUGUUUCCCAGCGUUCCUGCACCACCAUCCGACACGUGGUCAAGAUGCUCGGCUCAAUCUCAGAGACCCUCAUCUUCUUCUUCCUCGGGGUCGUCACCAUCACGACUGAACACGAGUGGAACUGGGGCUACAUCCUGUUCACGCUGCUGUUUGCUUUCGUAUGGAGAGGUCUCGGUGUCUUGGUGCUGACUCAGAUCAUUAACCCCUUCCGCACCAUCCCAUUCAACUUGAAAGAUCAAUUUGGUUUGGCCUACGGUGGCCUGCGAGGCGCCAUUUCCUUCGCCUUGGUCUUCACUCUUCCUGAUAACAUCGGCCGAAAGCCGCUCUUCGUCACGGCCACCAUCGCUAUCAUCCUCUUCACUGUCUUUCUUCAGGGCAUCAGUAUUCGACCUUUGAUCGAGUUCAUCAAUGUCCGCAGAACAAACCGCAAUCUUGACACCAUCAACGCAGAGAUUCACUCCAGGCUCAUGGAGCACACCAUGGCGGGAAUAGAGGACCUCUGCGGACAGUGGAGCCACUUCUACUGGAAAGACAAGUUCAUGAAGUUCAACAACCUAAUCCUGCGGAGGAUCCUGAUCCGAGACAACCGGGCCGAGUCCAGCAUCGUGUCGCUGUAUAAGAAGCUGGAGCUGCAGAACGCCAUGGAGAUCCUGGACACUGUCACCGGAGACAUCAGCGCCGCGCCGUCCAUCGUCUCUGUCUAUGAGGAAAAGAAAAGCUCUGGUAAACCCAAGAAGAAGUUCCAGGCUCCGGACCUGAAGAACAUGCACGACAUCCUGUCCAAGAACAUGUACAAGAUCAGGCAACGGACGGUGGCAUACACAACCAAGCACGCCCUGCCCAACGAAAGCCACGCCAGAGAGAUUUUGAUAAGGCGCCACACCAGCAUCCGCCGCAGCAUGAGACCCGGCAGCUUUCAGUCACCGGCGGUUCCCAGAUCCCACAAAUACUUCUCUCUUCCUGCUGGGCAAAGUCUGGACUCAAAAUUCCCUCCUGGGAGGCGAAGCUCGACAGAUGAUCAGGAAACCAUGUCCGAGGUGGCCUACUCCUCCAGACGUCCCCGGUUUGGCCAGCCCUCGCGCUCCUCCUCCAGAGCCAUGAUGCCUCUGCGCCGGCUGGACACGCUGACCGAGGCGUCCUCUGUCGACAUGCUAGAUGAAAAUAUACAAUCGAGUCGCGGCAGGUCCAGGAAGACCUCUUCCUCCAGCGAUUCCCACGCUCCUGCUCCUCGCCGUCAACCCCGCGCCCCUGUGAACAGUGACAGCGGCUCUGCUGAUAACUUAAGAAACGUGCAUCGUGAGACGGAGGAGGAGGAGCAGCCUUCGCCUCCACCUCCAUCCUGGGCUGCUGAACCCAGAGACAACGCAACGCAAAACCCUCUGCUCAGACGGCCUCAGUGGAACCCAAAGAAGUAGAAAGCGUCUCAAGAGCAGCUGGACUGCCACAGACUGAGUCUCUCACGCAGCUCCAGGGUCUUGACUUUGUAUAAAUGUAAGUUAAUACAGGGGUCCAGUCAUUUCUGAUUUGAAUGAAAUAAGCCCAAACGGACAGUAGUACCUCAAAGUGAGCCACAUCAGAAGCACAGUGCACUACAGUGAAGGCUCUGUGCAUGAACAGUGAGACACGAUGUGAUUUUAAUAUUUCUUCACAUAGGAUUUUUAAAUACCAGGUAAUUUAAACUAUUUAAUUCCGAGUUAUUAUUUCCUUGUUGUAAAUAUGUUACUUUUUUCUACUGAUUGUGAUAGCUGUAAGAUUGAAGUUUUUUAUAUACGUUAGUUUAUCAUGAGGAACUAUUGCUGUGCAGUACAGAGUUCUUGUGGGACUAACUGCAGGCCUUUUGUAAGUCUGUUACACUGAUGGACCUCACGAGUCUGGGCCCGUUUUGUUUUCUCCUACUGUAAUAAAUGUUAAUGUUGUUGAAA